CCCCGGCUCCGCGUCCGGCCGUUCCCGCCGAAGCGACGGAAGCGAGCGUGGGCGAGACGAGCCUUCCCGAGUCCCCGGCGACCCCCGGCUCCCCAGGCGGCCGCCGCCAGCCGGACUUCCAUAUAGUUGCUGUUCAUAAUCAUUCUAGAGAACAACACUGAACUUUGAAAAAAAAAUGUUUGAAACUAUAGACAAGAAUCGGGCUCUACAGGCAGCAGAGCGCUUACAAGCCAAACUUCGAGAACGUGGAGAUGUAGCAAAUGAAGAUAAACUGAACCUCCUCAAGUCAGUCUUGCAGAGCCCUCUCUUCAGUCAGAUUCUGAACCUUCAGACUUCUGUACAACAGCUCAAAGACCAGGUAAACAGUGCAGCUUCUACAAAUUCAAAUGCUGACUAUGCCCACGUUUCGCAUCUCAGCCAAGCUGCAAUUCCUACUCUACAAAAUGAAACACAUUUAUCAUCACAAAAUAAUGGGACUAUGGAGGCACUUACAGGAUUUGGUACUUCACAGCUCAAUGCAAAACUUGCUUCUGAUGAAUUUGAUCAACUCAUCAAAAAUAUGGCACAGGGACGCCAUGUUGAAGUUUUUGAGCUUCUCAAGCCUCCGUGUGGGGGCCUUGGGUUUAGUGUUGUGGGUCUGAGGAGUGACAACAGGGGAGAACUGGGGAUAUUUGUGCAGGAGAUCCAAGAGGGCAGUGUGGCUCACAGAGAUGGAAGAUUGAAAGAAACCGAUCAGAUCCUCGCUAUCAAUGGGCAAGCACUUGAUCAGACAAUUACCCAUCAGCAGGCUAUCAGCAUCUUGCAGAAAGCCAAGGAUAAUGUCCAGCUAAUUAUUGCCAGAGGCUCAUUGCCUCAGCUCAUCAGCCCAAUAGUUUCCCGUUCUCCUUCUGCAGCCAGCACUAUUUCAGCUCAUUCUAAUCCGGUUCACUGGCAACAUGUGGAGACUAUUGAGUUGGUAAAUGAUGGAUCAGGUCUUGGAUUUGGCAUCGUAGGAGGAAAAGCAACUGGUGUGAUAGUAAAAACAAUUCUGCCAGGAGGUGUAGCAGAUCAGCAUGGGCGAUUAUGCAGUGGAGAUCACAUUCUAAAGAUUGGUGACACAGAUCUAGCAGGAAUGAGCAGUGAACAGGUAGCACAAGUCCUCAGGCAAUGUGGAAAUAGAGUUAAAUUGAUGAUUGCUAGAGGUGCCAUAGAAGAACCAGCAGCCUCCACUUCUUUGGGUAUGAACCUUUCUUCAUCGUCAUCUUCUACAUCAGAGAUGCGGGUUGAUGCAUCUACUCAGAAAAGCGAAGAAAGUGAGACAUUUGAUGUAGAACUCACUAAAAAUAUUCAAGGAUUAGGAAUUACCAUUGCUGGCUACAUUGGAGAUAAAAAAUUAGAACCUUCAGGAAUCUUUGUGAAAAGCAUUACAAAGAGCAGUGCUGUGGAACAUGAUGGAAGAAUUCAAAUUGGAGACCAAAUUAUAGCUGUUGAUGGCACAAACCUUCAGGGUUUUACCAACCAACAAGCAGUCGAGGUGUUGCGACACACAGGGCAGACCGUGCACCUGACUCUGAUGAGGAGAGGGCCGAGGCCGGAGGCGGAACUCACAGCAAGGGAAGACAACACGAGAGAGGUGGUUUUGUCUCCCCUCAGUGCAGGCAUGAGCAAUGAAAAUUUUGAGAAGGAAGAAGAUUCUUUAUCUUUGAGGAGGAACACCAGCAUAUUACCAAUUGAAGAAGAAUACCCUUUGCUGUCAGCUGAGAUAGAUGAAAUAGAAGAGGCACAACAACAACAACAACAACAACAACAACAACAACAACAGGAAGCUGCCCUGCUGGCAAAGUGGCAAAGGAUUAUGGGAAUUAAUUAUGAAAUAGUGGUGGCGCAUGUGAGAAAAUUCAGUGAGAACAGUGGGUUGGGGAUAAGUCUGGAAGCAACAGUGGGACAUCAUUUUAUCCGAUCGGUUCUGCCAGAAGGUCCUGUUGGACACAGUGGGAAGCUUUUCAGUGGAGAUGAACUGUUGGAAGUGAACAGAAUAAAUUUGCUUGGAGAAAAUCACCAAGAUGUGGUGAACAUUUUAAAGGAACUGCCGAUAGAAGUGACGAUGGUGUGCUGUCGCCGAACUGUACCAGCCUCUGCCCAGUCAGAAUUUGAGAGUCUAGACUUAAGUGAUAUUGAACUAACAGAAAAGCCUCACAUAGAUCUUGGCGAAUUCAUUGGGUCCUCGGAGACAGAGGAUCCUGUACUGGUGAUGACGGAUGUGGAUCAGAAUGCAGAAGUUCAAGGACCUUUGGCCAUGUGGGAGGUUGAUAUUCAGUACAUCGAGCUGGAGAAAGGGAGCAAAGGACUUGGAUUUAGCAUUUUAGAUUAUCAGGAUCCAAUCGACCCAGCAAGUACUGUGAUUGUAAUUCGCUCCUUGGUGCCUGGUGGCAUUGCUGAAAAGGAUGGCCGGCUUCUGCCUGGAGAUCGACUCAUGUUUGUAAAUGAUGUGAACCUGGAAAACAGCAGCCUGGAAGAAGCUGUGCAGGCCCUGAAGGGUGCGCCAUCGGGGACUGUGAAAAUAGGAGUUGCCAAGCCUUUACCUCUUUCACCAGAAGAAGGUUAUGUUUCCGCUAAGGAGGAUUCCUUUUUCUACCUGCCACACUCUUGCGAGAAGGAAGGGCUGGCUGACAAAGCCCUCUUCAGGGCUGACUUGGCUCUGGUGGACGCAAAUGAUGCUGAUUUAGCAGAUGAAUGUACAUUUGAGUCUCAGUACUCUCCCGAUAAUGGCAGUAUCUACUCUACCCAGGCUUCUAUCUUAUCUCUUCAUGGCAGUGCUUGUAAUGAAGGCCUGAACUAUGGUCCUUCACUUCCAUCUUCUCCUCCCAAGGAUAUUGUUGAAACUUCUCCUGAUCCAGUACUUGAUCUGCACAUGUCUUUGGAGGAACUAUACACUCAGAAUCUCCUGCAAAGACAGGAUGACAAUCUGCCUUCCGUUGAUCUGGGCCUGGUACCUGCUUCUGGGUUUCCCAUAAGUGAUUAUACACCUGUGCAGUCUCUUGAUCAGUAUCAAUGUGAAAAUACAAGAGCAUGGGCCGAGCCUCACCUGCCAAAUGAAGUUAUAUCAAGCUCAGAAUUCACUUCUUCUUUACUACCUGAUUUAUCUGGAAAGGGCUCUGAGUUCCUAAUCCAACAGAACUCCUUGGCUUCUACUUCUGAGUGUGAUAUGCUUCAAAAUGUAUCUGAAGAAUCUUUUGAGAGAACCAUUACCAUAGCAAAAGGCAAUUCUAGCCUGGGGAUGACAGUCAGUGCUAAUAAAGAUGGCUUGGGGAUGAUUGUUCGCAGCAUUAUUCAUGGCGGUGCAAUUAGUCGAGAUGGCCGAAUUUCUGUUGGCGAUUGCAUCUUUUCUAUUAAUGAAGAAUCUACCAUCAGUUUAACCAAUGCCCAGGCACGAGCCAUGUUGAGAAGACAUUCUCUCAUUGGACCUGACAUUAAAUUUUCUACAGCACCUGCUGACGAUCGAGCCCCCUUUUAUGUAAUUACAUAUGUGCCUGCAGAACAUUUGGAAGAGUUCAAAAUAAGCUUUGGACAACAAUCUGGGGGAAUAAUGGCCCUCGAUAUUUUUUCUUCAUACACUGGCAGAGACAUUCCAGAACUUCCAGAACGAGAAGAAGGAGAGGGAGAAGAAAGUGAACUUCAAAAUGCAGCAUAUAGCAAUUGGAAUCAACCCAGGCGGGUUGAACUUUGGCGAGAACCAAGCAAGUCCUUGGGCAUCAGCAUAGUUGGUGGACGAGGGAUGGGGAGUCGUCUAAGCAAUGGCGAAGUGAUGAGGGGCAUUUUCAUCAAACACGUUCUCGAAGAUAGUCCAGCUGGCAAGAAUGGAACCUUGAAACCUGGAGAUAGAAUAGUAGAGGUGGAUGGAAUGGACCUCAGAGAUGCAAGCCAUGAGCAAGCUGUGGAAGCCAUUCGGAAAGCAGGCAACCCUGUAGUCUUUAUGGUACAGAGCAUUAUUAACAGACCAAGGAAAUCCCCUUUGUCUUCCUUGCCGCACAACCUUUACCCUAAGUACAACUUCAGCAGCACUAACCCAUUUGCUGAUUCUCUACAGUUCAACGCUGACAAGGAAUUACAGAAUUCAAGUAGAAUUAUCUUCCGUUGUUCCCCAACUAACCCUUUUGCUCCCACACCAUUUAAGGCACCCAGUCAAUCAGAAUCAGAGCCAGAAAAGGCUCCACUGAGCCAUGUGCCUCCACCUCCGUCUUCAGCAUUUGAAGAAAUGAAUAAUGAUAGUGUACAGUCAUCUGCAAGCAAAGUCUCAGAAGAUGUGGACGAAGAGGAUGAGUUCGGUUACAACUGGAGAUAUAUCAGAGAACGAUAUGGAACCCUAGUAGGUGAACUGCAUAUGAUUGAAUUGGAGAAAGGUCGUAGUGGUUUGGGCCUCAGUCUUGCUGGCAACAAAGACCGAUCCAAGAUGAGCGUUUUUAUAGUGGGAAUUGAUCCAAAUGGAGCAGCUGGGAAAGAUGGUCGAUUGCAGAUAGCAGACGAGCUUCUAGAGAUAAAUGGCCAAAUUUUAUAUGGAAGAAGCCAUCAGAAUGCUUCAGCAAUCAUUAAAUGUGCCCCAUCUAAAGUGAAAAUAAUUUUUAUCAGAAAUAAAGAUGCAUUAAAUCAUAUGGCUGUUUGUCCUGGAAAUCCAGUAGAACAUUUGUCUGCAACAUCAGAAAAUACUCUGAUUAAAGAGGCUGAACCAAAUGUCACUACUUCUGAUGCAGCUGUGGAUCUCAGUUCAUUGAAAAAUGUGCAGUAUCUUGAGCUUCCCAAGGAUCAAGGGGGUUUGGGCAUUGCCAUCAGUGAGGAAGAUACCAUCAGUGGAGUCAUUGUAAAAAGUCUAACUGAGAAUGGAGUAGCAGCCAAGGAUGGACGACUCAAAGUUGGAGAUCAGAUCUUGGCUGUGGAUGAUGAAGUUGUUGUUGGCCAUCCUGUAGAAAAGUUUAUUAACCUCUUGAAAACAGCAAAGACGACUGUGAAACUGACCAUUUGUUCCGAGAAUCAGGAUUCCCAGAUUAUUACAUCAGCAACAACUACUGCCACUGCAGAAAAAAGGAGCUGCCCCCAAUCUCCAGGGGUCCCUCCCUCGGGCUCCCCAGAACCAGAGGCUUUCUCAGGUGCAAGCAGGUCAUCAACACCAGCAAUCUUUGCUUCUGAUCCUGCCACUUGCCCCAUCAUCCCAGGCUGUGAAACAACAAUUGAGAUUUCCAAAGGACGAACAGGAUUGGGCUUGAGCAUUGUUGGGGGAUCCGACACGCUGCUGGGUGCCAUUAUUAUCCAUGAAGUCUAUGAAGAAGGUGCAGCAUGUAAGGAUGGAAGGCUCUGGGCUGGCGAUCAGAUUUUGGAGGUAAAUGGAAUUGACUUGAGAAAGGCAACACAUGAUGAAGCCAUUAAUGUCCUGAGGCAGACACCACAACGAGUGCGACUCACACUCUACAGAGAUGAGACUCCUUACAAAGAGGAGGACGUGUGCGAUACCCUCACCGUUGAGCUGCAGAAGAAGCCAGGAAAAGGCCUGGGACUAAGUAUUGUUGGUAAAAGAAGUGACACUGGAGUAUUUGUGUCAGACAUUGUCAAAGGAGGAAUUGCAGAUACUGAUGGAAGGCUGAUGCAAGGAGACCAGAUUUUAAUGGUGAAUGGAGAAAAUGUCCGGAAUGCCACCCAGGAAGCUGUGGCUGCUUUGUUAAAGUGUUCCCUCGGCACUGUAACUUUGGAAGUUGGAAGAAUCAAAGCUGGUCCAUUCCACUCAGAGAGAAGGCCUUCUCAAAGCAGCCAGAUGAGUGAAGGCAGCCUGUCAUCAUUCACUUUUCCACUCUCUGGAUCCAGUACAUCUGAGUCACUGGAAAGUAGCUCGAAGAAUGCAUUGGCAUCUGAAAUACAGGGAUUAAGAACAGUUGAAAUAAAAAAGGGGUCCACAGAUUCGCUGGGAAUCAGCAUUGCUGGAGGAGUGGGAAGCCCACUUGGUGAUGUUCCUAUAUUUAUUGCAAUGAUGCACCCCAAUGGUGUUGCAGCUCAAACACAGAAACUCAGAGUUGGAGAUAGAAUUGUCACUAUCUGUGGCACAUCCACUGAGGGAAUGACUCACACUCAAGCAGUUAACUUGCUGAAAAGUGCCUCUGGCACCAUUGAAAUGCAGGUAGUUGCUGGGGGAGACGUGAGUGUGGUCACAGGUCAGCAGGAGCCUGUCAGUUCUAGUCUUUCUUUCACGGGGCUGACAUCAAGCAGUAUAUUUCAGGAUGAUUUAGGACCUCCUCAGUGUAAGUCUAUUACAUUAGACCGAGGACCAGAAGGCUUAGGCUUCAGUAUAGUUGGAGGAUAUGGCAGCCCUCAUGGAGAUUUACCCAUUUAUGUGAAAACAGUGUUUGCAAAGGGAGCAGCUUCUGAAGAUGGGCGCCUCAAAAGGGGUGAUCAGAUCAUUGCUGUCAAUGGGCAGAGUCUAGAAGGGGUGACCCAUGAAGAAGCUGUUGCCAUCCUUAAGCGGACAAAAGGCACUGUCACUCUGAUGGUUCUCUCCUGAUUUUGUUGCCACAAUUGAGCCAGCUCAACGCAAAUCCCAGUGGAAAGACAAUGUGACUGUUUUUGUGGAUGGCUUUUCCCAUGCUGCCUCUGUGGAGCUUUUCAGACCUAAAGAGGGAGGGGGAAAAUCCCUUAAUUUUGUUUGUUUUUAUCAUCGAGAAAUUAUUUUACUGACAAUUUCGCCGUGUUUUCUUUUUUCUUGCUUUUCGAUUAACUUAAAGAGGACUAUUUGCAUUAGUAUAUCCAGUCUUUCUUUAUAAAGAAAUUUGAUAUUUCGUAGUUACCAAGGCCAAAGCUAUGUACUUAGCUUAACUGCAUAGUAGAGAGAGGAAAAUAAUUCCAAACAACCAAAGAUAAAUGGUUUUCUGAAAUAAAAACCAUUUAUGAGAUAUGAGGAUAUAAAAUAAAGAAGAAAAUUUUGAUUUGUAUAGUAAUGUGUCAGUUUUAUCAAUUGAACACCUCUCUCCAGUUUUAACUAAAAAAAAGAAAAAUGUUUUCUAUUAGAUCUUAAAAUCUACAUAGUAUUUAAAGAUUUUAGAUACUAUAAGAAACAUGCCUUUAAUAUACACAUGUAUUUUACUCCUAAAAUGUAUUCCUAAGAUUGAGUAAAUGGAAAAUAUAUGAAACUAUGUCUUACAUUGUCAAGGUAGCUUUUAAUGAAUUUGUUUCAUUUUGUUUCAUUUCUUUCCCUUGUUUUCCUUUGGACCGGUGGUACAAUAAUUUCAUGUUUUAAUAAGUGAUGAUGUAUUAACUGUGCUUUCUCUAAAAAGCAACUGUGUUUACCUAGAGGAACACAGAAGAUUCUCAGAAUCUUGAGAGCCGGUUGUAACUGAUGCAGUACUAAAAAUGUGGUAGUGUGCUGUGCAACUGGUUUUCAAUUAGUAUUAAUCUUAAUGACAGGGGAAAAAACAAUGUGUUAGUAAUUAUUUUGGUUGUGUGCCAUUAGUAAAUUGAUAGAAAAUUAAGGGGAUUAACAUAACUUUGUUUCAUUGCCUUAUAUUAACAUCUUAUAAUACAAUAGUUUAAGACUAGGGGAAACAGAUGGAGCUGUUUAUUGAGACAACUGGUGAGGAAUUAUCAUGUGUUCAUUCCCAUUUUAGAGCGUGAAACUCCUACAUUAGAAUAUAUAAAGUCACUUUAAAUAUUAUCUAUAUUUGUAACAGAAGUAGUGUACAGAUAUUUUAUUACAGCACUUUUGUGUAAAUGCAGAAUUGAAGUGAAUAAAUAAGACGUUUCAUGGUGCACAAAUAAAAGA